GUCAUAACUUCAUUGCAUCCACGAUAAUUAUGAGAUGCUUGGACUGUGAAGUUGUGAGCUUAGGGUCCGGAGGUUACCAACAUCAUUUCAUGGUGUUCCGUUAAGAAUGUUAACAUAUUUUUAGAAAUUAAUUAUUGAUUAAUAUAAGGCAAAAAUGUUCCGUUGACAAAUCAUUUUAGCGCCUUAGUUUAGAAGCUACAGGACAUUUAAAUUUGAACGCACAAGUGUGUAACCAGGCGGGGAGGCUGUGGCCAGUGUCAAUACAUAAGUAAUAUGUUGGGACACGCGCAUCGGGGGGGAGGGAGUAUGAAGGAGGGAUGGGAGGUAUAGCUGUGACGCAUCAUGGGGUGGCGAUGACAGAAAAUGGAUGCAGUAAUACUUGAGCAGAGACUACAGUAAAAUGUCAACUUUUAACGUUUAUUUAGUUCUUACAUUAAAUUUUUGUUACCACACUAAAUGUAAUGUUAUAGGUUGAGUUUUUUAUGGUGAAGACUUGGUAUUAGGUUAAUUUUCAUGACGAUCAAGAAUCGAUCGAUUUAACAAUUCGUUUAUGAAAAGUUAGGAUGGAAAACUGGUCUACCGAUAGACUUAUAUGGUUUCCUUGUUCUUCACAUGGGUUUCAUAAUUCAGUAAACAUGAGGAUAAGGUAGGACAUCUACUACUACAACAAUUAUAAUUAUAAAACUUUGGGCCCACUCAUUUAUUACAACCAUAGGCGGCGGGGGAGGGUGGCUUUUAGGGCUUGAGCUCCAGAUCUUUUUUAAGGUUUUAAGGUGUUAAGAUAUACUAUAUAUUUUUUUAAUUAAUUCAUUAUACAGUAAGUUGAUUCUAGUGUGGUACGUAUCAUAAAUUAAUAUCGUCCCUUAAGUCCCCCAGAAGUCACUAUCUAUGGGGUUGUUUUUAUUUUUUUUCCCAGGGGAGCAAACCCAUGGACCCCUCCCCUUUGUCGGACAGGGUUUAAGUCCCCGAUGUCUACAAUGUCUAGCAUCGCCCCUGAUUACAGCGGAGGAUAUUAUCUGUGUUGGGCAUGGCGUCGAUGGGGAAAAGUAUCGCGAUGGCGAGCGGACACGACCACAACACCACACACGUCCGUGACUUCAGAGCAACUCAGCUCAGUGUACCCCAGUGUACGUCAUGCGCGGGAAGGGACGGUUUUAUUCAGAGAAGUAUCCUGUCGUGUUACUAUAUAGACAUUGGCCAAGCAAGACUCUGGCAAGGAAUACGUCGCUACAACAGGCGCUACUGUUGCUGGCAGACACGUGGGUCCCCCGUGCUCAUGCCCGGGUAAGUGUUACAAUCUUGUGAGUCAUGAUCACGUUCAGGUGAUUUUCGAUAAAUACUGGUAACUGGCGAGUCAUGACCGUCAGACUGUAUACUUGGCUAAUCGUGUGACCGGCCAAGGCGUGAAGAGAUGCAGAGUAAAGGACAGGCCUAGCAAGGUACCACGCACCCUUCGUUACACUGUGAUAAAGGAUAAUAAGGAAUUGCAGGUGUGUCGCAGUGCAUUCUUAAACAUUCAUUCAGUGUCAGUGAAAAGAGUGAGAAAUGCGAUAGACAAAAUGACACGUCUGGCACGGUUGAGAAAGAUAAGAGGGGGAAACACGUGCCUGGAGUAAAGGUUGCGGCCAAUAAAGAGGAGCUUGCACGUGACCACAGCCUUAGCCUACGUACUGUCGCCAGCGACUACUAAUGCCAACUGUGCCAGUACCAGCACGGUGAGACUCGGUGAGAGUCCGUGAGACCCACGCCACAGGGUAUCAUUUGCCUGUCAGUCAGCCAGUGUGUCUCAGUGACCAUGUUGCCUAUGUUAUGUAAGCUGGUGACAUUCCACUUAUUGCUUCUAAAAAUUCAUACAAGUUUUGUGGGUACGUUCUAGUGAGUAGUGACAUAAUGCGAUAUGGACUUAACACUUGCAGGAUGGGUAAACGGAAAAACUCUUACAGCGAUGGAAGGUGUUCCAGUGAGAAGUGGAAGACAGAAAGGCUAAAUCACAGUGCCUUCACAUCAGUUUUGUGGGGAUGAUCUAGAGAGUACCAAGUAGUGACAACAAUGCGAUACGGACGUAACACUUAAAGUACUGAGAAAAAUCACUUGUCUAGCUCCAUACUUUUCAUUAUAUUACGAUAACUUGUUUCCUUAUGCACGGCAGGCAUGGUGGUCAUUUCUCAAUUACUGUACUAAGCAAGUUGAAAUAGGUAUAUAAUUUUUCUUGGUUGUAAUAUAAAGUAAUAUGUUGAUUUUUUUCUAGUUUCAAAGUCAUAAUUUUAUAUAUCAAUUUGAAUUACCUAAUAUACAUUUGCAUAGGGACCUGUUUGAAAUAAAUGCUGUGGAAAUGUAUCAGAGUUUUGGUAACAUCAUCAUCCUUACAUUAACAUUAUUAAUAUUGUGUUAUGUACAUUGUAUUAUAAAAGAGAAAAAAAAAAUACUAAUAGGCCCCGAUUAAUCGGUCAAAAGGCCAAUUAUUGAUUAAUCGGCAAAGUGGCUGAUUACCGAUUACUUACUGAUUAAUCGGUGCAACCCUAGUUCAUUCUGGUAUCGUUGGAAAUUGGUGCACUUUGACCUGUCCCCUUGUGUGGAAUAUUUUGGCACGACGCUUGCACCAAUAUUGCCUGAACUCCGGACGUAAGUUGCACAACCAUAAUGAUGCCUGCAGUGCCUGAACAAUUGAUGGCGCUCAAUAAUGAGAUUUGAGUUUAAUGGUUUCUCAGAACACGAUUCCUGCCCAACUAGUGCCCGGCAACAAAAUGAUGAGAAAGAACACUGCCCAAUUGCUAAGUGAAUGCUGCUCAAUGGCUGGAUGAAUGUAGAACAAAUUUGUCCCCCUCCUGCAGGUAUAUAACCACACCAUUGCAGGAUCCCUCUACAGCUAUCAGGUGAACCCAGGAGGCGCAACACAGUUCCCACGCAGACCCAUUGUGCAUUCCUACUUCACCUCAACCAUGGAGGUGUUGUUGGACAGAAUUUCAGACCUAACAUCAGCAGACAAGGCAGCCUACCUGGAUAUUUUUAUGGACAUGUGUGUGGAGCAGGCGAGACUGGAUACCCUUCUCCUCAAGAUUCACAAGCUGAAACAACAGGAAAAGAAGACAAGAAGAGUUGGGCGCUCUACAUUAGGUUGUUUUAUGCUAAUACAGAGUGACUUUCAGGGUCUGGCGUACAAAACAAGUAACAAUGGCCAAACGCUUCAAGGGAAUAGACCUUGAGAAAGAAAAAACCUUAAAACAUGCAAUAGAAGGUGUGAAAAACAAUCUUCACUCUGGAAACAAAGCCAAAAUAUACAAAUUUUCAGCGUAGCAAAUUAGCAAGGUACUGCCAGGCAGGCUGUGUGGGAGCAGGCACACUCCCCCGUGGUCUGGGGAGGUACAGUGAGGACUCAGUACUCAAACGUCUUGGAAGUCGAACUUUUCGAUACUCGAACGCAAAAGUUCGACUCGGUACUCAAAAAAAUAUCCAGUACUCGAACGUCCGCACACGUGGUUGUAAACAAAGGCUCCUGGCCUCUCCCUCCCCCCCCGCCGCCAGUUGUCCGCCGCGGUCGUGACAACAACAUUCUCCUGCGUUCUGUCUGUGGUUUUUCAUUUAGAAACUUACAAUGGCACCAAAGAGGCUUAUUAGUGGUGAAAAUAAGCCUAAAAGGAAGAAUGUAGUGACGACCAUCGAACGGAAAAAGGAGAUUAUUGUUAAGUACGAGAAAGGAGCAAGAAUCACCGAUCUUGCAGCUGAGUAUUGUAUGGCGAAAUCUACAGUAGCCACCAUACUGAAGAACAAGGAGGCCAUUAAGGGAGCUGAUGUGGCGAUGGGCGUGAAAAAGCAACUUAAGCGACCUGCGGCAGUGGAAGAAAUGGAAAAAUUGUUGAUGGUGUGGAUAAAUGAAAGGCAGAUGGCUGGUGAUUCUGUGUCAGAGGGCAUGAUUUGUGCGAAGGCUAGGCGGCUCCAUGGUGAUCUUAUUUGUGAUGCUACCUCUGACUCCAGUGAAGACUUUAAAGCCAGUAAGGGCUGGUUUGGGAAUUUCAAGAAGAGAACUGGAAUUCACUCUGUUGUGAGGCACGGCGAGGCCCCAAGUGCUGACAAAGCUGCCGCCGAGAAGUUUGUGCCUGAAUUUAAAAAAUUUGUGGAUAAGGAGCGCUUGAGCCCACAACAGGUCUUCAGUUGUGAUGAGACAGGCCUGUUUUGGAAAAAACUACCAAACAGGACCUAUAUAACAAAGGAAGAGAAGUGUUUGCCAGGACACAAGCCCAUGAAAGACAGGCUAACCCUGCUUCUGUGCGCCAAUGCUAGCGGCGACUGCAAAAUUAAGCCGCUGCUGGUGUGCCAUUCAGAAAACACCAGGCCAUUCAAGGAGAACGAUGUGCAAGAGAGCAAACUCAGUGUGAUGUGGAGGGCAAACAAGAAAGCCUGGACAACCAGGCAGUUCUUCACGGAGUGGUUUGUGGAGGUGUUUGCACCUGCAGUGAAGACAUACCUAAUAGAGAAGAAUCUACCACUCAAGGCCCUCCUGUUGAUGGACAAUGCCCCUGCACACCCUCCAGGCGUGGAAGAAGAAUUGGGUAAGGGGUAUAAAUUCAUCGAAGUGAUGUUCCUCCCCCCCAACACCACGCCACUGAUCCAACCCAUGGACCAGAAUGUCAUCGCCAGCUUUAAGAAGCUGUACACAAAAGCACUUUUUGAGAGGUGCUUUGAGGUGACUUCUGAAACAGAGCUCACUCUGAGGGAGUUUUGGAAGAAUCACUUCAAUAACCUCCACUGCCUAAGGCUUAUAGAUAAAGCCUGGGGUCAAGUUUCUGUGAGGUCCUUGCAGUCUGCCUGGAAAAAUCUGUGGCCGACCUGUGUGACAGCCAAGGAUUUUGAGGGACUCGAGCCUUCAGUCCAGGAGUCUGCUGUGGUGGAGGACAUUGUGUCUCUGGGGAGGGCCAUAGGCAUUGAGGUGGACAGUGAUGAUGUGGAGGAGCUGGUGCAGGCACACUCUGAAGACCUCACCACUGAUGAGCUGCGUCACCUUCACCAGGAACAGCUGCAGGAGGUAACUGAGGAGCUGUCUUCAGGGGAGGAGGAGGGGAACAGUAAGGAAAGAGUCUCCACUGCAGAGAUCAAGAAAUAUUUGCGGCAGUGGACAGAGUUGGGAAACUUUUUGGAGAGGUGCCACCCUGAUAUUGCUGCCGUACACAGAAACAUAAGCCAGUUUGAUGAAAAUUUGAUGCAGCAUUUCAGAGACAUUUUGAAAGAUAGGCAAAGACAGAUCACAUCAGACAGAUUCUUGUUGAAAAAGGAAUCUGGUGAGAGAGCCUCCUCCUCCCCACCCUCCUCCCCUCCCCUUCUACAUUAUCCAUCACCGGACGUCACUUACGAGCCCGGCACCAGUGGAGAGAAUCCGGCGCAGGAGAAACAGAAGGUGGUCUCUGAAAUACUUGCAAAAGGUCACCCAGUGAAAGUCGUGAAGCUUCCCCAGCCUGCCUCACCUCCCCGGGACAUAGAGGUUGUGGAGGUGAAGGAGGAGCCAACAUGCACAGAGGAGGACCUGGAAGUGCUUCCCCUUCAGGAGCACGACCCUCUCGCCAUAAAUCCUGAGCCUGUCCCCUGGCAGCCCUCUGGCUCACAGGAGGAGCCCCAGCCCCAAGAAAGUCAUGCAGUCUACCUCAAAGAAGAAAUAGAUAUCAAAGAAGAGGACAUUCAUAGCUUCAACACAGACAGAGGAGAGAGCCUCUUCCAGGGACCACAGGAAGACACCGAGGAGCUUCCUUUGAAGAGAAGAAAAGUGGUCUAGACAGAGGUUUAGACCAAGCUUCUUUAGUCUUCUAUUAAAAACAUCAUCAUGCAGGACACAGAGAACUUUCCCAACAUUCUCCACCUCCUUUGUAAGAUGUUGUGUAUCUAUUUUUUUUUACAUCUAAAAAAAAUGGUUUAAAAAUCAUCAUCAUAUAGUAUCAUUAUCACCAUCAUCAUCCAUUAUUAACUACAGGACAAAGGCUUUUCCCAACAUCCUCUGCCUCCUCUGUCUGAUAUUGUACCUUAUCAUAUCAUCAUCAUCAUCAUUGCAAUCAUUAUCCAUUAUUAACGCUGCUUUCUCCAACAUAUCAUAUCAUCAUCAUCAUUGCAAUCAUUAUCCAUUAUUAACUCUGCUUUCUCCAACAUAUCAUAUUAUCAUCAUCAUCAUUGCAAUCAUUAUCCAUUAUUAACUCUGCUUUCUCCAACAUAUCAUAUUAUCAUCAUCAUCAUUGUAAUCAUUAUCCAUUAUUAACUCUGCUUUUCCCAACAUCCUCCAGGCCUCCUAAUCCAAUAUGCUCACUUCCUAUUACUCCAUUUCUUUACCAUUCCACUUUUUACACUUCUGAGCCUCUCUCGAUAUUUUGUGAGGCACCAAGUAUGUGAACUGUAUGGCAGGACACAUCGAGGAUCCACCUUUCUCAAAUCAUGAUAUUAUGUCUACCAAAAUCACAUAUCACAUUUUUAUCCCGAUUUUCUUUCCAUGGGCUGAGUUCAGAUCAACUUGGAUGAUAUUUAUGGUGGAUAGAAAAGGGUGUUUUUAACCUGGUAGAAGCGACGGGCCAAAUUUGUGGCUUUACCGUGUAGCAGCGACAGGCCAAAUUUGUGGCUUUACCGUGUAGCAGCGACAGGCCAAAUUUGUGGCUUUACCGUGUAGCAGCGACAGGCCAAAUUUGUGGCUUUACCGUGUAGCAGCGACAGGCCAAAUUUGUGGCUUUACCGUGUAGCAGCGACAGGCCAAAUUUGUGGCUUUACCGUGUAGCAGCGACAGGCCAAAUUUGUGGCUUUACCGUGUAGCAGCGACGGGCCUGCCAUGAUAUAAACCCCCCUAAACAGAUGAUGCAUAAACUGAUCACAAAUGCAUUGAUAUAUAGUAUUAUGAAAUGGUUUGUGUGAGUGAUGAUUUUUUCUCAUUUUUCUCGCUUAGAGGGACCUUUAAGGAACCUGAUCCCCACAGCUACCGGGUUAAUUGGAUUAUUGGGUAUGGUAGAAGUGGUGGGUGAGUGGAUAGGAAGCUACUGGGUACUGGUGGAUGUGGUGGUAUUGGCGGUGCGUUGGUGGGACUGGUGGGUAGUGAUCGCUGGCAGCACUCAAACACACACAUUUAAGGACAGUGCUAGAAGAAAAUAGCCUCGGGACUGAUGACUAAGUGAAGGCCUCGUAUUGGUGUAAUUUGUCAAAGAUAGUUGUACUCCUUCACCCUCUCAGAUAUUAACAUUUCCUUCUAUGCUUUCACGUUCAUCUUGAGGUCAUCCUUCAAACCCACUAUGCAGUUCAUUGAUCGUUCUUUGUUCCAUAUUCUGUGGCACAAAAAACAAGGUGGAAUGACAUUUUGUACUGUUGCGGUAUAUAUAUAUUGUUUGUGUGUGUUUAUCAUGAGUUAUUUUUACACUGAAUUGAGUUAGCUUGUAGUGUACCAGAGAGAAAAUUAUAAUGAGAAAUCGAGGGCAGAUGUAACAAAGAACCCAGCAUAUGGGCAGUUGUUCCUUGGCUUAGUUAAUGAAUAAUAUUAGAUGUUACUACUUCAGUUUUCUCCCUGCACUACUGAGCUUAAGCUUGACAGAACACUGUAAACAUCAGAUCAGAUCCGGGCCGUUGUUUUGGUUGUUGGAUAAACGAGGUUCUGCUGUAAGGUAUUAAUAUGCAGUAUAUUCCAAUGAUUGUAUGAGGUUUAACCCAAGGAGGUUUACAAGGAGGAGAGGCCUUGGCUGCUUAACUUGAAGCCCUCACUCACCUCUGGCAGCCAUUGGGUUCUGGGCAAGAAGGCGGCUGACAGGUGGGAGGUGUUGCGGAUCUGUAAUCAACUUUGGGAGUGGACGGAAUGAAACUCUUCAGGCUUGUAGUUUGGUUGCCUAAACAUUGAGUUUUCUUUUUGUCUGUUGGUGAUUAAGCUGAACAAACCACUGCACUGAAAUAUAUAUAAAACUGUACUUCAAAUUCAUCCAGUCAUAAUCCGUGGCAACAGCUUAUGGAUAUUUGUGGACUCACCUGACUUGCACCUGACUUCAGUGUAUGGCCUGACCACACUAACACCAUGUCACCAAUAAUUAUGAUAUUAACAAGAUCAUGACAUGGCAGGGAAUGCAGAAUUCACUUGAUAUUGUUCUCAGCUGCCUUCAGUCAGAACAGUUCUCCCAUCUAAGUUUAGCAACCACCUGUUAUGGAGUGUUAUGGAGUGUACACAGCAGCAGAUCUAUUACUAUGAGGAAACAAUAAGGUCAUUACUAUAUCGUGCCGGGAAACUCAUGCCAGACGUUUAAUGUUUUAACUGGAUUAGAUUCAUUUUUCAAGUGCUUCAUGUCACAGAGAUGCCGUGGAUUAUGGGAAGAGAAUUUUGAGCAUUACAAGUGUAUGUUUAUACGUACUCAUAACAUUCAAAUUUUCAAUAGAUUUCGCAUUAUACUUUUGAAGGCUUUUAUUUGGAUAGUUCUUUUUUCACAAGGGUUAAAUGACUUCCUCAGUUGGGCGCUGUAUACUGUAACAUAACCUUGGAGGAUGACGAGCCAUACAUGAGAUCAACUUUUAGAUAAGUAUAUGCAUUAAGGCCCUCCAAGCAUUUUUAUAUUUGCUAAUUAUUUUUGAAGAGCAGAAACACGUCUACACACUCACAAUCACUUUGUUGAUGCGUCACUGGUCAUCGUUGUCGUCUGCCGAAUCCUCACCCCACUCUCCUCCUCCCUCCUCACCCCACUCUCCUCCUCCCUCCUCAUCCCACUCUCCCUCCUCCCUCCUCACCCCACUCUCCCUCCUCCCUCCUCACCCCACUCUCCCUCCUCCCUCCUCACCCCACUCUCCCUCCUCCCUCCUCACCCCACCCUCCCUCCUCCCUCCUCACCCCGUCCUUCCACCUCCUCACCAGUGACGCAUCAACAAGGCGAUGAUGGUGGGUGUGAUGACGUGUUUUUGUCAUGUCAAUGACUUACAAAUGUAAUGUAGCAAUUCUUUCUUUAGAAAACUCCAACCCAAAGGAGUCAUCUUUGUCACCAAUAGCAUGGGAGUCAAAGGUAGAGGAAGGAGGCAAGUGAGGCGGAGUGGUGGAGGUGAAGGGAGCGCGGGGUGAGGAGGGACGGUGGGUGACGCAGGUGAAGAACAAAUUCAAAUAAAAUGAGAACGUGUG